UAAGCAUGCUUUGAAAUGAAACAUAUAUUCUGUAGUUUGGUUGUGGUUUGCAGUACACUAACCAUAGUGUAUUUUAUGAAAUGGACUGAAGUAGAUUUUCACACUGGGUUAGUUUAUGCAACUAAUCUUACGACACAAUAUGAAUCAGUCCAGCAAAACAUUUCUAAUGAAACACACUCCUCAUUUGAUCAUGUGGAAUUACAGUCAUUGAAUGGAGGUACUUCUGAAGGUCCUAAGCUUAUUCUCCAAUGGAAUUUCAAAAACGCUCCCAAGGAGGAAAAAAUUAAUUGUGGAGAUUGCACAUGUUUGAUAACAACUGAUAAACUUGCAUAUAACAUAAGCUCGGCUGUUGUUGUUUACUCAAACAAAAUCAUCCAAGAAUUACGUCAUAAAGGAAAGGAUGAAGAUUCACUACCCACUUAUCGUUCAAAUAACCAAGUAUGGAUAUUUCUCAAUUUGGAAUCACCAACAUCUCUAAAGCAUUCUUUACAGUCUCACUCGAUGUUUAGCAAAGUGUCUAGCAAAAUCUUAAAUCAAUUAGAUUUCAGAUUCAACUGGACAUGGGGAUAUCAAAGAAACAGCGAUAUUUGGGGUCCAUAUGGAUAUUUUAAUGGAACACAUGCAAAGUAUCAAAAUAUAACCAUAGAUACAUCUGAUGAUCAGAAUACAAUCUUGAAUAUAAACUUUGCAGCCAAUAAAAGUAAGUUGGUGUUAUGGGCUGUUAGUAAUUGUGCCUCAUGGAGUAGAAGAGAAAUGUACGUAAAAAAAUUGAAAGAAUAUAUUCCUGUUGACAUAUAUGGAGCAUGUGGAGAAUUAAGAUGCAAGAAGAAUUCUCAGUGUGAAAAUGAUUUUUAUAAACCAUACAAAUUCUAUCUUGCAUUUGAAAAUUCAAUAUGCAAAGAUUACAUUACUGAAAAACUUUGGCGCUGUCUUGUAGUAUGGAAAGUGAUUCCAGUUGUAUUUGGAUGUGACGAUUACAAAACACUUCUCCCUGAUCGUUCUUAUAUUGAUGUAUCAACAUUUUCUGGCCCUCAUAAACUUGCAGAAUAUUUAAAGCAUCUGGAUCUUGAUGAUCACAAGUACAAUAAGUAUUUUCAAUGGCGAACACAACCUUCUGCUCCGCAAUUAGCAACCAAAUCACUGUGGCCAUUUGAGACUCCAAGAUGUCAGAUAUGCAAAAAAUUGAACACAAAGUUUGAAGAGCAAAUUAUCAGUUUUUCAGAAACAUUCAAUUCCAGCAAGUAUUGUCAAAAUUUAAAAGUACAUUAUGUUUCAUAAUUUCUGGAAUCUUUGCCAGAUUCUAUGUGUUUAAUGUCUUUAUUUGUUUUUCUCCAUUUAAAAGAAUGAAGAAAAAAUAAAGACUGAGAUUUUAUGUUUUAUCGUGUAAUAUGACCAAAGAUUGUAUUCUGUUCAUUUUAAAUGACCAAUUGCACGGUGCCCAUGUCAAGCUGCGCGCCUACUUAGGCGCGCAGUUUGUUUCAAUCACAAACUGCGUGCCUGGCAACAUUGCAUCAUUUAAGUUUGAGUCUGUAUUUUGAAACGUAAUUUAAAGAAAUUUAUCCUGCAUUGUUUACUUGUUCA